CACUCCGCGUCCUGCCUGCGAGUUACGCUUGUGGAGUCCGGGCAACUUCUUCUCUCACGCUUUACCAGCCUUCCGGUACCCGCCGCUGCGCUGCCAUGGCUCAGCACUUCUCCCUGGCCGCCUGCGACGUGGUCGGCUUCGAUCUCGACCACACGCUGUGCCGCUACAACCUGCCCGAGAGCGCCCGGCUCAUUUAUAACAGCUUUGCUCAGUUCUUAGUCAAGGAGAAAGGAUAUGAUGAGGGGCUGCUCACUCUGACUCCAGAGGACUGGGAUUUCUGUUGCAAGGGUUUGGCAUUGGAUCUGGAAGAUGGGACCUUCAUUAAACUUGCAGCUGAUGGCACUGUGCUCAGGGCAAGCCACGGCACCAAGAUGAUGACUCCCGAGGCACUGACUGAAGCCUUUGGCAAGAAGGAGUGGAGGCACUGUGUGUCAGACAAACGCUGUACAUCAGACAAGCCUGGUGUGUCCGACAUUCCUUGCUGCUCAGGAAAGUGUUAUUUCUAUGAUAACUACUUUGACCUGCCAGGGGCUCUUCUGUGUGCCAGAGUGGUGGACUCUUUAACAGAGAAAAUUGUGGAUUCUUCUUCCCGGAAAUAAAAAGAAAUCUAGGCAAAUAUGUGCACCGUUGUCCUGAGUCUGUAAGAAAGUGGCUUCGACAGCUGAAGGAUGCUGGGAAAAUUACUAUGUUGAUAACUAGUUCUCACAGUGAUUACUGUAAACUUCUUGGCAGUUACAUCCUUGGGAAGGAUUUUGCAGACCUUUUUGACAUUGUGAUUACAAACGCAUUAAAGCCUGGAUUCUUCUCACAUUUCCCAAUCCAGAGGCCUUUCCACAAGCUCGAGAAUGAUGAAGAGAAGGAUGAGCUGCCAUCUCUGGAUAAACCCGGCUGGUACUCCCAAGGGAAUGCUGCCCACCUUUAUGAGCUUCUGAAGAAAAUGACCAGCAAGCCUGAACCCAAGGUCGUUUACUUUGGUGACAGCAUGCAUUCAGACAUUUUCCCAGCCCAUCACUAUACUAACUGGGAGACAGUCCUUAUUCUUGAGGAGCUUCAGGGACAAGAAACGGAAAAGCCUGAGGAAGCAGAGCCUCUGGAGAAAAGAGGAAAAUAUGAGGCACCAAAGGUAAAGCCUCUAAACUCCUUGUCUAAUAAAUGGGGCUCAUACUUUAUUGACUCAGUCUCUGGACGGGGGAGGGCAGAAGACUCCUUGGUUUAUACAUGGUCCUCUAAGAGAAUCAGCACCUACAGUACAAUUGCAAUUCCAAGCAUUGAAUCUAUUGCAGACUUACCCCUGGACUACAAAUUUACAAGAUUUUCUACAAACAAUUCAAAAAUGGCUGGUUACUAUCCCUCGGUCCAUUAUACCUUGGGUUCUCAAGACACAGACAGCAAAAUAAUAUCUACUGAAAAAUGAACCAACCUAUGUUCAGUAGACAUACUGUUUAAAAAAUGUUAGUUUUCCACAACAAUGCAAAUGUUUUAUAAGAACAAUUUUUCAAUGAAAAUUGACCAAAUGGAUACUUGUCAGUCUGUCUUUUUAAAAUAUAAGUAAUUUUAUAUAAAUCAUUUUAAUGUUUAACAGUUCUUAUUAUAUUAAUAUUUUUAGUACCCUAGACUAAAAGAGAACAUGACUGAUAUUUUCUAUGCUGGCAAUUUUGAGGAUUCUCCCAAGGCAAUAGACAAACACAUGCAUCUACCUGGUCCAGCAGUUUCCACUCCUGUCCACAGUCUAAUAGCACAGCAGCAUAGAACUUGAAAAUGCAAAUCUGAGUGCUUCCUCCCAAACCUACGAAAUCAGAAACUUUGGGAGUGGGGCCAGCAAUGGCUUUUAAGCAAGCUUCCAAUAAAUCGGAUGCUCUAUUAUGAUUUGAGACCUAGUAGGUAAACCCUGUUCUGAGUAUUCAUACUUUUAAUUGAAAGUGUAAUCUGAAUUGAUAACACCAAAGUCUAGUGAAACUAGGUUAUUGUUCCAGGCUAUUAGGCUUUUUGCUAUUUAUUUUUUUCCCCAAAAUACAUAAAGAGACAUGAUUUGUUAAGAUAAUAUUACUUCAUUCCUUAGUAUUAAUUUCUCACAUUAGGAGGAAGUUAAAUUUAUACCUAUUAAAUUCAGCUUUGUCCUUGGAAAGGGAGCUGGAAGACACCGUUGUUUAGGUACACUUCAGGUUAGGAUAUGCUGUGCUCUGUGUGGUUUUGAUAAGUUAACAUGUGCAUCAGAUCAUGUAUACACAAGAUAUUCAGAUUCAGUUGAUGUUUUGUAAGUUCCUGGGUCCUCUUUUGCCUGUUAACUUCACUGUACAUAAAUGGAUGGGAUUAGAAAAUAUUAUCAUUAUUUUUGUCUUGGAAUUUAGCAUAUUAAGGUGUGCACUGAAAAAUUAUUUUCUUAAAAUUUCCAAAUAUUCAGAUAAAUCCUAACUGUACUAUGAAGAUGUGUUUCUCAGGGUAAUUAAAAAGGAAACAGAACUUAUUUCUUUACUAUCAGUAUAUUUGAUGUUGAUCAAUAAGAAUACAUAUACAGACAUAUAUUUGAUAUCCAAAAUGUCAUUAGAGUAUUAUAAUGAGCACAUGCAAUCAAGCUUAGGGCCAAAUAAACACUCUUAUCUAUCUAUUGUAUGCUUUAAGUAGAGAAUUCACUUUGCUUUAAAAUAAAGCUAUUUUUCCUUAUA